CACCUCCAACGCGUGUUCGAUCACUCCCCUCUACGCAAUGUCUUCAUUCCGCUCAAGCCGUGUGAACCGCUCUGGCAGGACAACUGCUGAUCACGAUGUCUUCGAAGGCCUUCCUAUCCGUCAAUGGCGCGUCUCCGACGUGUCCAUCGCGCCGCCUCAACAAAACGAACCUGUUAUAGACACAAACGCGUUCCCCGAGCUCCCGAUGCCGAAAGACUCGCACAUGCUCCCUGAGCAUAGUCAACAGCUGCUACGCGCUGCGCGCGCUGGAAUAGCUACGAAACCGGCCACCACUGUGACCGAGGAAGACAAGGAAAAUGAUGAAGCCGAGGACGAAAACAAAGACGUUCCGCGCGGCUUCACCGUAAAGCGCUAUACCAAACUCGCAAGACAUUUGGAAGAGCCGGAGGUGGAAUACCUUGCCAAGAGACGGAAAGGCCUGCCCUCAGCACACCUGUCGCAUAGUAUCGCAGCUCCGCUUGCGACAAAUGUUCCGAUGCGCAAAACCAAAGUGAGGAAGAUUGAUGCAGAAGGCAAAGAGCAGAUCUGGAGCGUGCUGGUACCAGAAGGUCAAACCGUUGAGGGUGAGGUGCUUCAGUCCGAAGUGCCCGCGCUUGAAGCGUUACCAGCACCAUUGCCAGGUACCGUGGUCGAAGGCGUCGGGGUCGUCAAUUCAGAGGGGAUGGUUGUUGCAAGUGAUACUAUCCGUCAAACACCACAGAGAAUACGGCGGCCGCCUCCGCCAAAGAAGAAGCAGAAGGGUCCCGGGAGAGGCCACAAGAAAGUCAAAUUUACCAACCCAGACGGCUCGAUCAGCGUUGCUCCUACCAACGGACUCAAUCAAAAUGGACUUGCAGUACCUGGAGCCGCGCCAUCUGGAGCGUCACUUGGUGGAACCUCGGACAUGGACACACCAAUGGGUGGCACUAACGAUGUCGAUGACGACGAAGACGAUGAUGGAGAGGAUGGCGAUGAAGGCGACGACGACUCUGAACACGAAGAGGGCGAGCUCUCCGAGUCACCAAGCCGACCAACGAUACAAGAACCACCCAGAUCCCAUACAGGAGACGUACACAUGACCGACUUCGCGACCGAUCCUCCUCAGCGGAGCACACUUCCGAAUGUCCAAGUGUCAGAAGCCGCGUCACUACCUAUCCCCAAUACACAAGCCGUAUCGACUGCCAGUCUCGAGCCGCCUCCAGGUCCCAGUCGAGAACCGUCAAGCUCUCCAGAUCUCCCGCUUGCCAACAGCAGUAACAGUCAAGCGAAAGCUCCGAGUCAGCCUCUUGUAACUGCUCCCGACUCUAUGGACACAUCAAACGACACCGCUCAAGUCGCACGCGCACCUUCACGGGAACCCGUCACCGCGCCCAUCGAUGAACCCGCAGCGCCCUCCAUCCCAGCACCUAUUGAAGCCCCAAUCACGGCACCAAUCCCGUCGCCAAUUGUAUCCCCCAUCGAAGCUCCACCAGCAGCUCCCCCAAGCGCAGAAUCAAAUACGCAACCUCCAGAAGCACCCACCACAGACCCAGUGGUCGAAGCCCAAGCCGACUCUAUAAUACCUGCAAUCACACUACCAACAGCUACCAUCCUCGCUCCCCCACCACCCAUGGAGCCCGCAGUCGACCCUCACCCUCCCACCGAACCCCAAAAGACCGAAAUCCCAAUAUCAUCAGACGCUCCUCCCCACGCCCUUGCCGUGAAUCCAUCACCUCCCUCUUCAUCUUCUUCCGCACCCGUACUCGCACCGCCCGUCCUCCCUCCCCCGGUACCGGCGCCCACGCCUAUAGAACCCCCCCGCGAGACUAUUUCCGCACCUCCACCUCCACCUCCACCGCACCUCUCACCCGCAGAACCAAUCGAACCCGUCGUCCAUCCCGAUCCUACUCCUGCAGCUGCGUCGCCACUGCCACCACCACCACCGCCGCCGCAUCAGCAGACAUCAACACAAGCACAAGCACAAGAACAAGCACAAGCACAAGAACAAGACCAAGCACAAGAACAAGCACAACAACAAAUACAAGAACAAGAACAAGUACAACCCGUCCUUCCCGAGCCAUCGUCCUCUUCCGCCGCUGCACCGCCGAAAGAUGCAGGAAAUGCGGGAGAGGCAGGAGAUGGAACGGAUGAGCGCUUUCCAGACGGCGAACCGGAUUUGCUGGGCAGUUUGGAGAGACAUCUUGAGGAGUAGUGAGCGGUGGUGGUGGUGGGUUGGUAUUGGAUGGCUUGGAUGUUGAUAUUUACAGUAGAUGAAGAGGACAAGGCAGGUGCAGUGGGCCGCUCUUGCUUGUGACGGGAUGAGAUGGACUGGUAUGGACGACUUCCAGUUUGGGGAAGAAGAGAAAUGACCUCAGCACACACGUACGCAACGCACGCACGCACGCACGAUAGUAGAGAGCGUCGACC